GUAACAGCUUUCUAGAGAUCAUAACUCAUUUGCUAUUUUAUAAUGCGUGUUAGUAGUAGCAAGCCAAGUUUAAACUGCCAGAAAUUUAAACGGAGUCUGGUGGAAAGAAUUUACCUUGUAAGAGAAAACUGGACAAAAUACAGGAGGACCAUGUACCCUAUAGACCUUCCAGCUGUGGAUGACUCUGACCUGAGAUCAUCAUCUGAACAGUACUUGUCUUCUUUGGAGUCCAGGCGUCAUGAUGAUGAGUGGUUUCAGUCAUCACAGAACUCAAAGGUCGCAAUAACACCAAAUAACGUAAGAUGGUUGCAGGUGUUUGAAGAUGACCAAUCUGAAUUUUCAGUGCUGGUGCUUCACCCUCCUGAUCAUCUAACACAGGUGGUGGCUUUACACCUGCAUGGGAAAUGGUGGUGCGUGGACGACGUUUUACGAACAUCCAGCAAAUCUAGGAGUGGCUUGGUGUCGGUGCAGACUAUUAUGGAGAGGGUGAUUGUGUUCCUGCUCAGUCAGGUAGUGGAGAGGCCUUUACAGGAGGAGUUGUUGUUCACCCUACACCCCCGCACAGAGAGUUGCAAAUUGCUGUGGAGAGACGGCCAGGCUGUUGGCUUUUACACUAUCAAACACAAAGGCAGUCUGUGUGACAGCUGGAGCAGUCAGUGCUACUUGCUGCCUGUUCUGGACACAGUGCUGGUGAGGAGGAGCUGGAGGAAGAGAGGCUUUGGCCUUCAGAUGCUUGAUGACUUCUGCUCCUCCUUCUCCAGAGAGGAGGUGCUGGGGGUCAGCGCUCCACUAUCACCCAGCAUGGUGGCAGUGUGCAGGAGGUUCCUGCAGCUGCACAAGCAGCAUGGAGAGCGUCUGUAUGAGGUAGAGGCUCCAGGGGGGUGGACUCAACGACGAAAUAUCUGGCUCAACAUGCAACUAGGCCGCUACUCCUCUGGUAUCAAUGAGGAGAGCAAUCCAACUACCCUGAAGAAUGAGGGAGACGACUCGUCUGAGAAGACUUCCAAACUGGACCUGGCCUCACCGAAUACCUGUAAUGUGACCAUUCCACUGAUAAUAGGCUCUUCUGAGCAACAAAUUAAACCUUGUGAUCCAAGCCAAGGAGGACGCUCCCAAAGCAGCAAGACCUCUGGAACAGGAUGUAGCCCUGCAACCCACGCUCAUGAUCUGGACUCUGGACCUCCCACCAGACCACUGAAGUCUCUAAACACUAAACAAGCUCUGAAAUCCAAGCCCCCUCUUUCUACAGACCCUUGCAGAGAGAAGCCAGAGGCAGAGGAAACCCACCGAGGUGCCAAACGAGUCAGAAGGAAAUGACUUAAACCUCUCAUACAGAGAUGCAGAAGUCUUGUGUAUGAAACCGGCUACAGAUUAAGUCCAUGCUAUACCAACCUAAACUUUGUUGUCUUUUAUACUGUAUUUAUAGAAUGAUACAUGAAUAAAUUAAGAGCAUACUACUUUACCAGUACUACCACAAAAAAAAGUAUUUUGGUAUAAUAUGCAUUAAGGGAGUAUUUUGUUGUUUACUGUUUCACCCUUGUCUAAUCAUUCACAUGAACUUUAUUGUUUCAUUGUAAUGUUAAGGCCCUGUACACUCAUAUUGCUGUAAAUCCACUUGAGUGACUUUAAUUAUUUUGGCUGAUUAGAGCUCUUCUCAGGACUGUGGAAAUGUACAGAAUGUGCUCAAAUGACGUUUCCCUGACUCUCCUGUUAAUUUGCCAGGCGGGACAAAUUACACCUUUUAUGAUUCUCAAUAGCUCAUAGGGUUUGGUGAUCUCACAGAACGCCCAUCCUAGUUCCCCAGAAGACUCAUCAGGGUAACUGAAAACACCUGUGGGGUUGUGCAGGGCCUUUAAAACGUCUUCACUGCACAGACAAAGCUGAGAUCAAAUCAUACAUGAUGUAUAUGGACAGAAUGGGAUUAAAAAGUAUUGAGAAUUCACUCUUACACUGUAGAUAAUAAUAAUAAUAAUAAUAAUAAUACAUGUUAUUUGAUGGUGCCUUUCAAGUCACCCAAGGUCACCUUACAGAGAAUAAAAACAACAACAAAAAAUAUAAAAAAUAAAAACAUCAAACAUUAUUAAAACCAGACAUCACUGGACACUGAGCGUCUUAAAGUAAUAGUUUAACAUUUCAA